AUGACGCAACGUAUUACUAUCCCAGAUGACUGUGUAUACGAAGGAUACGGCACUCUCUAUCAUGACGAUGCAGAGAUUCCACCACUAACAACAUCAUCACUACCACCACCUCUGCUUCCCCAGAGUGCGGCUUCACAUGAGAAGAAUGAUGCUGUGUUGCAGUUUAGUAUUAAUAGAGAAGAGGCACUGCGUCAACUUCGUGCUAAACUCCAUGUGGAUACACCCCCGCAACUUGUGGUAACAGGAAUCCCACAGCAGGUUUUAGAAGACACAACUUUAUUAACAUCUAAACAAUCUCACCGCUUGGUAUAUCCACAAGAUGCACCAUUAUUGAAUUCACCACCUCUAGCAUCGUCCGGUACGUGGUAUGAAAUUGAUAGAAUGAAGUCACAGUGUCGUUUCUUACGUGAUUGGAUGAUGUGUCAUGAGAGUACUGAAGAAAAAGUGAAGGCAAAGGAGUUUGUGCGUGCUACACUACAGUUUUUAAACCGUGAUACCGUUAAAGAGUUACUUUUCCGUACAGAAGGACUUCUUCAACAACUAGAAAAUUGGCCUGCGGUUGUGAACGCAGCAAGACCUCAAAUACCUGAGUGGAAUGAUGAGACUACAUUAGCGGAAUUGCAUGAAUUUGUAAAGAAUAUAUGGCAAAUGGAUGAGGUAUGUGAUCGGUUAAGGGAAUUGACGGGGCGUUUCUAUCUUAUUUCUCCGCUUGUAGAAGAGACAGCUUUUGAAUUAGCGGCGAUGCAGGAGAUUGAGCAAUGGUCAUCUGAAGGUACACUUUCUUCACUACAAUCCCUACAGAAGUCCAUUGAAAAAUGGGGGACACAGUUAAAGGAAGAUCAGCACAAUAUACAGAACAGCACCCAGAUGUUAUUGGAAAGGAUCAACACAGUCAAGAAAAAAAAAGGAAUAUCAUCUGUUUGA